GCCUAAGCCGAAUGGCCAACGCCAACACGCCAGCCCUGCAAGAAAGCCCAAAGACGGAUUCCUCCGCAGUCUCUUCCCAAAGACGAUCAUCUCAUCUCAUUCCUAUUUGAAUCAAGUUUAGACAAACAAGAAAUUUCGUUGAAAACAAUCAAAUUCAUCGCAAAAAACGCUUUUUGAUCCAUCUCAGAUCCACCUCAGGUUUUUUUGUUUUUGCGAUCAUGGAGAGCUUGGCACAAUUGGAGGCGCUGUGCGAGAGGCUGUACAAUUCUCAGGACUCCGUCGAGAGAGCUCACGCGGAGAACACUUUGAAAUGCUUUUCGGUGAACACUGAUUACAUUUCGCAGUGCCAAUACAUUCUCGACAAUGCGCUCACGCCGUACGCGUUGAUGUUGGCGAGUUCGAGUUUGUUGAAGCAAGUCACUGAGCAUAGCCUUGCUUUGCAGCUCCGUCUCGAUAUUAGAAGUUACCUUAUCAACUAUUUGUUCACCAGAGGACCUAAGUUGCAGCCUUUUGUUACUGCGUCUUUAAUCCAACUCUUAUGUCGAGUUACAAAGUUUGGGUGGUUUGAUGAUGACCGGUUUCGGGAUGUGGUGAAAGAAUCAACCAACUUCUUGAGCCAGGCAACAUCAGAGCACUAUGCCAUUGGUUUGAAGAUAUUGAAUCAGCUUGUAUCUGAAAUGAAUCAGCCUAAUUCUGGUUUGUCUUCAACACAUCAUCGAAGGGUUGCCUGCAACUUUAGGGAUCAAUCACUUUUCCAAAUCUUCCAAAUAUCUUUAACUUCAUUGCGUCAGCUGAAGAAUGAUGUUGUGGAUCGAUUGCAAGAGUUGGCUCUUUCUCUUUCACUUAAAUGCUUAUCCUUUGAUUUUGUCGGCACCUCAAUUGAUGAAAGUUCCGAAGAGUUUGGCACUGUUCAGAUACCAUCUUCCUGGAGGCCGGUUUUGGAAGAUCCUUCAACCCUGCAAAUAUUUUUUGAUUACUAUGCCAUUACGAAGGCCCCUCUUUCAAAGGAGGCACUGGAGUGCUUGGUGCGACUAGCUUCUGUAAGACGUUCUUUGUUUACAAAUGAUGCUGCCCGCUCUAAGUUUUUGGCUCAUUUAAUGACUGGAACCAAAGAAAUCCUACAAACAGGACAAGGUCUUGCUGAUCAUGAUAAUUACCAUGAGUAUUGCCGGCUUCUGGGGCGAUUCAGAGUGAAUUAUCAGUUGUCAGAGCUUGUGAAUGUGGAAGGCUAUAGUGAUUGGAUCCGUUUAGUUGCAGAAUUCACUUUAAAGUCCUUGCAAUCGUGGCAGUGGGCCAGCAGCAGUGUAUAUUAUCUUCUUGGGUUAUGGUCCAGAUUAGUGACGUCUGUACCAUAUUUAAAAGGUGAUGCGCCCAGCUUAUUGGAUGAAUUUGUGCCUAAGAUUACUGAAGGUUUCAUAACAUCCAGAUUUAACUCUGUGCAGGCUGGAUUACCAGAUGAUCUUUCAGAGAACCCUUUAGAUAACGUUGAACUUCUUCAGGAUCAAUUAGAUUGCUUUCCUUACCUCUGUAGAUUCCAGUAUGAAAGCACUAGUUUGUAUAUCAUAAACAUAAUGGAGCCAAUCCUGCAAACAUAUACGGAAAGAGCUCGACUGCAGACCACUGACAAUAGCGGCAUCUCUGUUAUUGAGGCUAAACUUGCUUGGAUUGUUCAUAUUGUUGCUGCAAUUCUUAAGAUAAAACAAUGUACAGGUUGUAGUUCCGAGUCGCAAGAGGUGCUUGAUGCAGAACUUUCAGCUCGUGUUUUGCAAUUGAUAAAUGUUACUGAUAGUGGUCUGCAUAGCCAGAGAUAUGGUGAACUGAGCAAGCAAAGGCUUGAUCGAGCAAUUCUUACGUUCUUUCAACAUUUUAGGAAGUCUUAUGUUGGUGAUCAGGCCAUGCAUUCCUCGAAGCAGCUAUAUGCUCGGCUAUCUGAGCUUCUUGGACUCCAUGAUCAUCUGCUCAUGUUGAAUGUAAUUGUUGGAAAGAUUGCUACAAACCUUAAGUGUUACACUGAGAGUGAGGAGGUCAUUGAUCACACUUUGAGUUUGUUCUUGGAGCUGGCUUCUGGAUACAUGACCGGAAAGCUUCUUUUGAAGUUGGAUACUGUUAAAUUUAUAGUUGCAAAUCAUACUAGGGAGCACUUCCCAUUUCUAGAAGAAUAUAGAUGUUCUCGCAGCAGGACGACUUUCUACUACAUAAUUGGUUGGCUAAUAUUUAUGGAGGAAAGUCUAGUGAAAUUUAAAUCUUCGAUGGAUCCUCUUUUGCAAGUUUUCAUCAAUUUGGAGUCAACUCCCGAUUCAAUGUUUCGCACUGAGACGGUGAAAUAUGCAUUGAUUGGGUUGAUGAGAGACCUUAGAGGAAUUGCUAUGGCCACAAACAGUCGCAGAACUUACGGGCUUCUUUUUGAUUGGCUCUAUCCUGCACACAUGCCACUUCUUUUGAAAGGCAUUUCACAUUGGUCUGACACACCAGAGGUUACCACGCCAUUGUUGAAGUUCAUGUCUGAGUUUGUUCUAAAUAAAGCCCAACGUUUGACAUUUGACUCGUCUUCUCCCAAUGGCAUACUUCUUUUCCGUGAAGUGAGUAAAUUAAUUGUAGCAUAUGGCUCAAGGAUUUUAGCUCUUCCAAAUGCUGCUGAUAUAUAUGCUUUCAAAUACAAGGGAAUAUGGAUUUCUUUAACUACUCUCACGAGAGCUCUUGCUGGAAACUACGUCAACUUUGGAGUGUUUGAACUUUACGGUGACAGAGCGCUGGCUGAUGCACUUGAUAUUGCACUGAAGAUGAUAUUGUCUAUUCCUUUGGCUGAUGUAUUGGCAUUCCGAAAGCUAACGAGGGCGUACUUUGCAUUCCUGGAGGUUUUGUUCAAUAGCCAUAUUAAUGUUAUAAUGAACUUAGAUACAAGCACCUUCAUGCAUAUAGUUGGGUCCCUAGAAUCUGGCCUAAAAGGUCUGGAUACAAAUAUCUCGUCACAGUGCGCAUCUGCUGUUGAUAAUUUGGCUGCCUUCUAUUUCAACAACAUAACUAUGGGAGAAGCACCCACAACUCCUGCUGCAAUUAAUCUUUCUCGUCACAUUGCAGACUGCCCCAAAUUGUUUCCAGAAAUAUUGAAGACCCUGUUUGAAAUUGUUUUAUUUGAGGAUUGUGGCAACCAGUGGAGUCUGAGCAGGCCAAUGCUUAGCUUGAUCCUUAUUAGUGAACAGAUAUUCUCUGAUUUGAAAGUUCAGAUUUUGGCUUCACAGCCAGUGGAUCAGCAUCAACGGCUUUUCUCGUGCUUUGACAAACUAAUGGCUGAUGUCACUCGAAGCCUGGAUUCAAAGAACAGGGACAAGUUCACUCAGAAUCUGACUGUAUUCAGGCAUGAAUUUCGUGUAAAAUAACUCCAUUCUAUUACAAGUUCCUAAUACUAUUACCUGCUUGAAGUUUUUCUGUUUUGGAAGAAUCAAAGGCUACUUCUCUAGUGUAAAACAAGAAAUCUCGUCUUGGGAGAAGGUCGUCUUUGUUUUGUUGAUUGGUUUUGUUUGAUGAAUGAAAGAGAAGCUGGUUACUUUUGAA